AAACUCAAACGUUAUCUCAAGGUCGAGGCCGUUUGUAUUUCAUAGGUAUCACUGGACAGUUUUCAACUUUUUUAUGCAUCGCAUUAACAAUUACCUAUGGAUUUUGGGCAACUGGAUAAGGUUCGGUCUCUGGUUGAAGUAGAUCACUGCUACACAUCCGUAAAUAGAAGAGCUGGUGAUAAUGAUGAAGAAAUACUCAACUUGUCAUCUUAUCAUUCAACAAUAAAAGAAAGUUGUGUAGACGUCGGAGGACCUAAUACUUGCUUGCCUGCUGAAGAAACUACAAAUCAGGACCCUUCACCUACCGUAGGAACCACUGUGCCGGAUCUAGAGCAAAGAAUUUAUGUGAAUCAACUUGAAGUGGACAGUUAUACAUGGGUUCCUUGCGAAAAAAGGCACUUGCUUAAAAUCAUGUCGUCUCUGAAGAAAAUUAUGAGAGUUGAACAAGUAUAUAGUUCUCAGCUUUCUGACACUGAGCGUCUAAACUGUCGCAAGGAGCUUUGCCUACGAAGUGCCGCCAAUAACCUGCGUAGAAUAUUUGCCGACCUUUCAUGGCACAUUGAAAAGUGUUUCAGUCUUCACUUGUGGUGCAUUAAAAACCUUUCUCAAACACUUCUACCAUUUUAUCGCUUGGUGUUCUAUAUAUUAUGGCAGAAAAAUAAGGUCAACCCAUUACUGAAAGUUCUUAACACAAUCCUACAAGAACGCUGUGUGAACGAUGUCAUGGUAGACCGAUUUUUAUCAGAUUUAGAAGUAACUAACAGUAAUGAUAUAAAGCAGACUGUGUCUAUUUCAAGACCAAUUAUUACAAAAUCUCUUCAUCAAAUGUCUGUUAUUCGUUCCACAUCGAAUGAUGGGAUAAUUCUAGCAUGUAUGACAUUUCCAGCGCCUCGUGAUAGUAAACGCUUACAAAAGAUACUCUAUUUACUCGGUGAAAUUGGUCGAGUUAAUCUAGAAAGUCAAGAAGAACAAAUAUGUGAUAGUAUGAGACUUCGACUUCGAUUGUUUGUACGACGUGUUGUCGGUUUGUUAGAUGAAUGCAGAAAUGAAUCUGUUUACCUAGUUGGCUUCGGUGUUGGAACUUUGCUUAUGUUAUUGUCUGCUAUACAUAUACUCUCCCUGGACUCCCGUGUAGACGGCAAUCGAACAAAUGUCGAAGGGAUUAUUUGUAUUGGUGUACCGUUGGUUGGACUGAGAGGUAUGAGAGGUGGCACAAAUGAUCCUCUUUUAUCUAUACCCUCAUUACCAACACUAUUUAUUGUCGGAGCUGGAAGUCGAUUUGGUGGGUAUAAAGAAGCUUUAGAGUUUCGUAAAAGACUACGUGCUGCUCGACAAUCUCAAGUACUAUCUAGAAAUGUAGUUAAUUCAGCGCAUAUGGAUUGUAGUCACAUGAUGAAUGGCUAUCAGGUUAAACAUUCAGUCAGUGAAUCUGUUCAUCAUGAUUCUACUUCACCAACUUUUGAUUUACUGGCUAUCGGUGGUGCUGAUCAUUUACUCCGAAUUCGGCCAUCUGCAUGCAAACGUUGGUGCACUACACAAGACAAAGUGGAUAUUAGAAUGGUGAAAGCUAUUAAAAAUUUUAUCUACAAGACCAAAGUGUUGACAUCUGAAAGAUUAUCAUCCUCAAUGGACUUCAUGUUACCGUCAUUAACUAGUGGUGGGCGAUCGUGACUUGAUGCCCUAAUAACAAAUUCAUUAACGCAAAACAUAAUUUUUCAUUAAAUUAUAAAAACAGAACGUUUUUCCUUAUAUAGCUGACUAUCAGAAUAUAAUAAUGUAUAGACUGUAAAAGAAAACACUUUUAUUAAGUUC